UCACGGACUAUCACCGGGAAAAUCGACACUGUUGUUGAUACUUUUAGUACAAAAAAAAUUAUUCAAACAUUAUUCAUGAACUGUUUAAGAAAAUUUAUUUGAUUUUAACAUUUAUUUAAAUAAAUUGCAUUAUUAAACUCAUCAAAAAGAUGAGUUCUUCAGUUUCAAUAAGUAAUACUGGUCCUAUGACUAGUACUACAGGAAUGGAAACAAUAGUGGCUGUGGCUCUUGGUGCACUAGCUGCUGUUUUCUUUGGUGCAUUUCUAGUUUUGCUCGUCAUUUGUAAAAGACAAAGAUGUUACUAUAAUCAAAAAGAUUCUCCAGAUCUAAGCUCAGAUUUAUUAGAAGGAGAACAUUUUUCUGGUUUAGGCUUAGAUGCUUGGGAAAGUGAAGAAUGGUUAGCUGGUGCAGAGAGAUGGGUUGAUGAUGCUACGGGUUUAGCUCCACUGUGCAUUGAUGUAUUGAGAUCUUGUCAUACUUUGGCUUCUAAUCUCACUGCUAUUGCAGGAACAGUGAAUAGUAAUACUAUUCCAUUGGAAAUCGUGGAUGUUGCCAGACGUAUUCCACCUCGUGUUGAUGAUGUAGUUAGAAGUUUAUAUCCAUUAUUAGAUGCAAGAUUAUUGGAAGCCAGAGUAGCAGCAUUAGUAUUGGCUGUUACACAUUUAGCAUUAGUAACUAAGCAUGGAGUCUCCAAAAAUCAUGCUAGGAAGUUAGCUUUUAUUGAUCAAGCUUUAAAUGAUAUGGAUUCUCAUUUAUCAAUUUUGAGAAAUGCUGCAUUGGCACAAGAAGUUGCUUGUUCUAUUCCAACUUCAACACCAGUUUAA